AAUUAAUUUCUCCUUCUGUUUAUAUGAAAUUCAGAAGUGUUUUUUUUUUUUUUUCCUUUUAGUGCUUACACACCUCUUUUAUACACCUCCAGCAUUUGAGAGCUCCCUUGCUACUGCAGCUAAGUCAAGACAGACCAAAUUCGGCCCUCAUCUGCACAUUUUGAAAGCUGUUCAUCUUUUGUGAGGAUGAGCAAAUGAUCUGGAGUACAUUUCUGAGAGGGGCUCAAGUCUGGUUUUAGUACUUUUCCAGUUCAGAUACAAACAGUGCAAAAUCUGGGCCAGUGUCUUCAGUAGGGGGGUACAGAACCAGCCUGCCUGUUUUCUGUGCACUCUGGAGUCAGGGCCACCUCCUGGUGUUUUCUGACUUGCAAAAAAAGCGUUUGUGUAUGUGUUUUAUCCAAGGCCAGGCAGGCAGAAGGUGGCCAAGAAGCAGAGGUGACUGGGGCUGGAGGAAAGGCCAGGGUGACGGAAGGGAAGGCAGGGGCUGCCAGCAGCGCACUGCUGCGCUUGGGACCUCAGCACCAAUGUGUGGAAGAACUUUGCAUAUUGUAACUCGCUUGUUUGUAACUGGGUUUAUUUUGCAGUGGGGAGGAGCCUGCCCCGCUGUGCCCGACACAGCCCGGACCCCGGACCGGUGUUCUGUGAGUAACGCACUUGCUACCAGCCGCGCUGGGAGCUGUCGGGGCACGGGGCUGGCUGCUGCUCCUCAACUCGCUGAGGCCGGUGUCAUUAAACACCUCUCUCUCCUAACGCGAACAGGAGCGUGUCUGUCAGCCUGUGCUCCGGCCGUGGCCGGUGCGGGGGGGUCCGGGCGGUGCUUGUCCCUUCCCAUAAAGCUGCUUUAACAGUUUCGGUUCCCCGCGGCCUCCCCGCGGCCUCUCAGUGUUAGUCCUUAGUGCAUGCGACCCCAUCCCUGUUGUUUUACAUCUAACCCGCGGUUCGCGUAUUGUUUUGUGACCCCCGUGCCGGUGCGGGGAGCGGGGGGCGGCGGGGCGCUCUCGGGGUGUCUGUACGUGCCUGUGCUGUUCUCGCGGUCUGAUCGCAUUAAAGACUGUGUUUGUGGCUCUCACCGCUCCCGGACUCGUUCUUGCGGGGCCCCCGCACGGCGGAACUGGGCAGCUGCGUCCUGCCGUCACUUCCUCCGCCGGAGGAGGAAGUGACGGCGGUGGCGGCGCGCACGGGGUGAAGGGAAAGAAGGGUGUCAGGAUACCUACGAAUGAGGUAUGAUGGAUAACAAAGACUCGGAAGCUGAGAUCCACCCUCUGAAGACUGAGGAUGUAAAAGUUCAAGAGAACCAUGAAAACUCUGUGGAGAGAAGAAUAGUGAACAAGCAGUCAUCGCAGCUGUCCCAGCUGUCCCGGUGGCGCACUGCCGCCUUCUUCAUCUCAUUAUUUCUGUGUCUCAUAAUUGUGUUUGCUUUCUCCUUUAUCAUUCCUUGCCCAGAGAGACCAGUUUCAGAAAGAACAUGGUUCCGAAACUACAGCCAUGCAGUGGCCUACCAGUUUCUCGCCAUACAAGAUGUGAAUAAAGACAAAGUGCAAGAUGUCAUCUUUGCAUUCAAAGCUAGCAAUGGCAGCAGCAGCUUCAACAGAUCCUGUCUGGAUGAAGGUCUGCCUUCUCCAUGUGCCUUCAUUGCUGCUGUAUCUGGCACCAACGGGAGAGCGCUGUGGGAGAGGCCUGCUGCUGAGGAAGUGGAGUGGAUGGAGUGUGGCAUCAAGCAGCUUGGGGGGGCUGAGGCCUCGGGUUGUCUGGUGGUGGGGAAGCCGGUGUCUCUCACAGCAGUUGACCUGCACACAGGGGAAAUUCAGUGGAGACAUUCCAGUGAUUUUGGAACUAAUUAUACUGUGCUGACUCCUGUGUCAGUGAUUCCAGAUGUGGAUAAUGAUGGAGUUCAGGACCUGAUAAUCUUCAUUGCUACAGGAGAUAAGAUUAAGACCUUCAUCCAUUCAGGAAAAAAUGGCAAACAGAUCGGCUCCACUGGAAGCCUGACUGUGGAUGGGAAACCUCGUUAUAUCAGGCUGAACCUGGUCUCCUCCUACUUUCUUUUCUAUACAGAAAACUCUCUCUAUGCGUAUUCCCUGAAAGAUCUCUACAGUGCAGCAACUGGGAUGGAAAUUAAGCUUCCCAGCCUUCAGCAAGAUCCUCAGUGGGAGAAGAACAUUGACAGCACUACGCACCGCUUGUCCCUUCUCAGCUUUGGGGACAUCCGUUACCUGGCAAAAAUUCCUGGGCAGUCACAGGAGAGCAUCCUCGUUGCAAACUCGGACAUGGCUACGCUGAUCAAUGCACACAAUCUGCAGACUUUGUGGACCCUCAACGUGUCCCGUGUUGUGAGUGAGCCGCUGCUUGGUUACUAUAAACCCAAUGUUCUUGGUAUUGUCCUUGAGAGUGAAAUUGGACCCAACAGGAAGAAGGUUAUGGUUGUUGAGAGUGGAUCUGGAACAGUCCAGUGGAACCUGAAGCUAAACUCAAGAGCAGAGAGCCCUGGGCCAGCCACACUUCCUACUGCUGAUCAUCGGUCCACCUUCCUCAUCUGGGGUGAAUACCAGGUGCCAGGAAACGAAACGAGAUCCAAAGCUCCUCUCCAGAAGCUCUAUCUUUUCCAUCCCUCCUACACUAAUGUCCUGUUGGAGCUCCGCAAUAGCACAGACCAAAUAAUUGCAUUCGAUGCCCUGCUGUUCGAGCGGAGCCGUCACGCCUGUUAUGUGCUGCUGCAGGGCCCUCAGCCCAGCGAGGAGCCAGGGACGGUGUCCCUGAUGAAGCGUAAGCUGAAGGAGGAUGUGUCUGGGAGCAGGGUGAUCUGGCUGAGCCAGGUGGCUGUGGACAGCGAGCAGUACAUCCGGGACCGCCUCUACAGGAUGCAAUUCCAGAGCCGAGUGUGAGCUGGCCGAGGGAGGGGGAGAGGCUGCCCAGGGCCGGGUGCCUCUGUGCUGCUUCUCCUCUGCAGCCGAGCUCUUGGCAAACCCAGGUCACGGAUUCAAAUGGAAAGCUGCCUUUCUUGAUCCGCAAACCAAAGCGUGACUGGUGGGGAAGCACCCCCAGUGUCUGGGGAUGCCCAGGCCAUGGGGGCAGUUGCCAGUGCAUCUGUCCUCAGAGCUGAUGGGACUUCAGUGCUUGGCGACCACUGAAGUGCUGUCAGCUUGGGGAAGAGGGCUUUCCCCUCAAUACUUCUGUGCCCACAGAACUGUGCUGACUCAGCCUGUGUCUGGAGGAAGGCAUGUGCUUGCUGGGGAUGCCGGAGUUGAUUAUUUCUUGGGUGCUUGUGUGAGAAGUGAAGCUUCGGUGUGUGGUGUUAGGUGUCCUUUCUGAGUCAGCUCUCGUGGCGUGGGAGAGGUGCUUGGCUGCAGGUUGGUUUGCAAUCACCCUCUCCUGGAUUUGGGCCCCUCCUUUGGUAGUCAUGGGAUGUGCAUAGUGAUAGACCCCAGCCAUGGCGAGGUGUCACCGAGGCCAGCAAAGUGCAGGUUAAACUGUUCAUUCUACUUAGAAAAUGGCCUGUUCUCCUAAGAACAGCCCUGUGUGCCCUACUGUGCAGUCACAAACCUACCUGUGUCUGUCUCCUCUGCUGCUUCCUUUCCAGCCGGGCUGUGCAGUGUUGGUGACACAGAAAGGGAGCUGGUCUCUCACCUGAUUCAUGCAUCAGUGUUCCUUCCUGCCCCAGG